AACCGCCAGUGACAGCGCCACCCACGGACUAUCACUGUUAUCACUUGACGUCAUCUGUCAGUGAUCAUAACAUGUGAAUCCACCGAAUAACCUAGAACACAAGAAUCGUGCAUCUACACGUGCCUUCCACGACAUGGACGAUUUAUCACAGCAGGUUGAUGAGAUUGAGGCACUGGUUGCUAUAUAUGGUGAUGAAUGGCAGACGGAUGAUGAGGAGAAUCGCGCUUACAGUAUUAAUAUUGGAAAAGAAGAACAGGCUGUGAGGCUCCACAUAAAAUUAGCAAAGAAUUAUCCAUCAAUCAGUUCUCCAAUGUAUGAAAUAUCUGCUCCACACCUUGAUCUCUCACAUAAAGUACACAUUGCCGACCUCUUGAAUGAGGUAUGCACGGCAAAUGUUGGACAAAAUGUGAUCUUCCAACUCAUUGAAAGAGUUCGAGAGGUACUUGACUUAGAUUCGAAAAGUCUUUUUAGCACAGAAAGCAAGAUCGAGCUAGAAAUGACCACAGACAAAGUAACUGAGUCUGCAGCAGCAAAAUUGCUGCCCGCAAAAGUCUUGGAAUGCCCAGAUAUUAUUCAUGGAGAAGUUAUUAUAGAUAGAAAAAGUUCUUUUCAAGGACAUGUUGCUGUUGUUAUUUCUUCAAUGCAAGUCAAGCAGGUGCUUCAUGAACUGUACAAAAACAAGAAGAUAAAGCAAGCUACACAUAACAUGUAUGCUUAUAGAAUAUAUUUCGAGGAGACAAAAGCCUCUGUCCAAGAUUGUGAAGAUGAUGGUGAGAGUCAAGCUGGAGGUAGAUUGCUGCAUUUAUUACAGAUAAUAGAUAUCAAGAAUGUGCUUGUUGUGGUAACACGUUGGUAUGGUGGCAUUCACCUCGGAUCAGAUCGAUUUCGGCACAUAAAUAAUGCUGCUCGGCAAGUUCUUGCUGCUGCCGAUUUAAUACCACAUAAAACUAAGAAGAAAAUGUGAUACAAAUUUCAGAUAUUGUAUACCCUGCAGGGGUUAUAAUUAUAAUUCAAAUGUAUUGUAUGUAGAAUCCCAGUGUAUACUUUUUUUUAUCAAAUAAAUUUUGGUUGCUCUUGUUCACAAAAAAUUA